GCGUCGACGAAGAACAAGCAGAAAUUAGUAAUGCGGAAAAUAUGCCCGAAUUUCGAGCGCGAGGACACGCUGGAGACGGUGCUGGAGGUGCCGAUCCCGGAGGAGAUGUUCAGCCCAUUGGGCAGCAAUGGGGCCCAGCGGUGGCAGGCGAUGUCCGCGUGGAUGAAGGCUCAGACGGCGGACAAGUGGUCGUCACCGCUGGUCGUGGGAAGGUACAACGAGAUGAGCUUCAUUCUUAGCAUCGUGGGGUGCCCCAUCCUCCCCUUCCAGAUCAAGGUGGACCGUUCCAUUGAGCGCGCCGUCAAGCACGCCUCCAUCGAGGCGUCGACGGCCAAGUACAUCGUGCAGCAGUACAUAGCGGCGAUGGGUGGGCAGGCGGCGCUGAAUGCCCUUAGCAGCAUGUGCGUGGUCGGGCAGGUGAAGAUCAGCGCCUCCGAGUUCUACCAGGGGGACGAGUCCGUCAAGACCAAGAGCAAUGAACAGGCUGGAGGCUUCGUCCUCUGGCAGAAGAAUCCCGACAAGUGGUGCCUAGAGAUGCUCAUUUCUGGCUCCAAAAUCAUCUCCGGUAGCAACGGCAAACUCUCCUGGAGACAGUCCUCCAACCAACUUAGGCCCAUCUCCAAGGGCCCACCCCGAUUACUACGCCGAUUCUUACAGGGAUUGGAUCCACGAGCCGCGGCCAAUUUGUUCAUAGACGCCGUCUGCAUUGGCGAAAAGAUCAUCAACGACGAGGAUUGCUUCAUACUCAAGAUCGACACCAACCAGUCCACGCUGGAGGCACAGAGCAGCCCGAAGCAUGAGAUCAUCCACCACACCAUAUGGGGCUACUUCAGCCAGAGAUCGGGCCUCCUCGUUAAGCUCGAGGACUCCAGGCUGCUCUCUGUCAAGACGUGCAAGGAAGAUGGAGACGUUUUCUGGGAGACCAGCACCGAGUCUGUCAUCGAAGAUUACAAGCUCGUCGAUGGCGUCAACAUCGCCCACGGUGGCAAGACUUUCUUCACCGUUUUUCGAUACGGGGAACAGUCUGCAAACCACAAACGGGAGUUGCAGGAGACAUGGAAACUCGAAGAGGUUGAUUUCAACAUCUAUGGAUUGAAACCCGAAUUCUUUAUGCCUCCAACCGAAUUUAAGCUUAAAUGAUUUUUAUUGAG